AUGAGUUUUGAUAAGGAUUAUCAUGAGCAUAACAACUCUAGUGGGACUUUAGUUACUCAUGAUAGACCUGAAUAUGGGGCUAGAACAUCCAUUGCUCAAUUGCCGGCAUUACCUUAUGAUGUCAGUGUUAAUACCGUAGGAAACGAUUCACAAGAUUUAACAGAAGAAAGUAGUGUUUAUCAGAAUAAUAAUACCAGUUUUGUGGAGUUUGAUCUUAGUAAACGAGGAGGUGAAGCCAAAGUCAGAGACUCGAUUGACACUAAGGAGCUUUUGAAGGAUAUGGAAGAACCCAAAGUCGAAGUACAAGAAACUAAGGAAGAAAAGAUCCAACGACAAGAGAAUGAUUUCUUUAAUGAUGAUAAGGCCACUUGGAAGACCAUGAACACCAUAGCCGAAAUGGAUUAUUACGAUGAAAGAGGGAACUUGGAGUUUACCAAUUAUUCCAAUGACGAUUACUUUGAUCCUAAGAAUAAGAAUAGUGGGUAUACUAGAAUUGAUGAUGCUGAACAAGUAGCCAAGUUUUCUGAAUUUGAUAAGAAAACUGACUUUUUGUUCAUUUCUAAGACAGAAGUCGAUGCUAAGAAUGCCAAGUAUAGAGAUGAUGAAGACAGUGAUGAUGAGAAUUACUUAUAUGAAGAUGAAAACCUUGAAUCAGGUGAAGCUCUUCAAUCAACCAAAGAUAUGUUGGACGAAAGUCAGAAGUUUUCAUAUUGUGGGAUAGUCAAAUUGAUAUCUGUAGAAAUGGCCACAGAAUUGGCAUAUAUAAGACAAUCCACUACCAAUAAGGUAAGUAAACAUUUAAGUGCAGCUCAAAAGAAUUUCGGGAAUUGGUCUCAAUAUAUCAUCGAUAAGGUUUACACUCACAUGGAUUUGAACAAGGAUGAACAGAAAAUGAUUGAUAAUUUAAGUGUUCAUGGAUUAAAUGUUCAAGAUUUAACUUCAGGAUUGAUAAAGAUUAAAGUCGACGACAAGGAAGGUUCAUCGUUGGAAUGGAUUUUAAUCUGUGAUUUAUUCCUUUUACUUCUUAGCGAUGGUUAUUAUGAUAGUAGAUCGAGGUCGUUGUUAAUAAGAUUUGGGAAAUACUUACAAAUUGAUCCAUUGGAAAUUUAUCAAUUUGAGCGUCGUUUACUUAACAGUUUGGAUGUGGAAACCAAGGAUAAAUCUUUGGAAGAUAAAGAAGAACUUCUCAAUAAUAAGGAAUACAUCGAUAAGUAUAUCUCCAAGAAUAAGAAUAAAAGAUUAGCAUAUAUUGGUUUAGCCACGCUCGGAGGAACUUUAGCAAUAGGGUUAUCAGCUGGAUUAUUAGCACCAGUGAUUGGUGCCGGGUUGGCUGCCGGGUUGACGACCAUUGGAAUUGGUGGAACCGGUGGGUUCUUGGCAGGUGUUGGAGGUACUACUAUAAUUACCACUGGUGGGGUUAUAUUAGGUGCUAAAGCUGGGAAUAAAGCUGGUAGAAGAAGAGCAGGAGAAGUUGAAACUUUUGAGUUCAAACCUCUUCACAAUAACAAAAGAGCCAAUUUGAUAAUAACAGUCAGUGGGUGGAUGACAGGGAAAGCUGAUGAUGUGAGAUUACCAUUCUCAACUGUUGAUCCUGUAAUGGGAGAUUUGUUUUCUGUUUUAUGGGAACCUGAAAUGUUGACAUCCAUGGGUCAAACCAUUGGAAUCUUGGCCAGUGAAGCUUUAACAUCAUCGAUCCAACAAAUUUUAGGUGCUACUAUAGCUUCGUCAUUAAUGGCAGCCAUUCAAAUCCCGGUAUUGUUAUCAAAAUUGACCUAUUUGGUUGAUAAUCCCUGGAACGUUUCUUUAGAUAGAGCAUGGAAAGCAGGUAAAAUUUUAGCUGAAAAUCUUAUCUCCGGUAAUAUGGGAGUAAGACCUAUUACUUUGGUAGGGUUUUCUUUAGGAGCUAGAGUUGUGUACUCUUGUUUGAUCGAUUUGGCCGAAAGAGGAUGUUUUGGAUUAGUUGAAAAUGUCAUAUUAUUAGGAUCUCCUGUUACUGUUAAUAAAGAUCAAUUGGGAUUAGCCAGGUCAGUUGUUAGUAAUGAUUUCAUCAAUGGAUUCUCCCGUAAAGAUUGGGUUUUAGGAUAUUUGUUUAGGGCCACCAGUGGUGGAUUACUGUCAGUUGCUGGAUUAUCUGAAAUCAAAGAUUGUUAUGGAAUCAAGAAUUUCGAUGUUACUGAAAUGGUUCAAGGACAUAUGUCAUAUAGAAAAGCUAUACCAAAAAUCAUGAAGGAACUUGAUUGGGAAGUACUUAACCAAGAAUUCGAUGAAAUUGAAGAACCUGAUGCUGAACAAACCCAAAGGGAAAGGAAAUUAAUUAUAGAGUUUGAUGAAGCCAGAGCUAAAAUGAAGAAAGAAUUAGAUGAAGAUAAGAAACCCAAAAAGACUUGGAAGAAUAUGUUCAAACCUAAGGGAAAUAAUUGGUGGAAAGAGAUGCCAGAAAAUGAGAAGAAAGAAGAGGAAGAAUAUGAUGCUGGGCCGAUAUUUGAUGUUGAUGGACUUAGAAAUGAAGUAGAAGAGAUUGAGAAGAAUGAAGUGAAAGCUGACAGGGAAGCUGAGGUACCAAUAAAUAGGUAA